CAGUGGGAAAAUUUUGGUCCUGGAACAAAAGUGACUGUGUUGCCAUGAGGAGACAUGGAUGGACUGCCCCUACUUACGCUAUCCCCAAUUUUGCUUCAUUCAGUGGAAGAGACAGUGCUGACAGAGUCAGGGGGAGGCCCCCAACAAGCUGGAAAGACCCUGAAUCUCAAAUGCCAAACCUCUGGUUUUGAGUUCAAGACAAGUAAACUUGGCUGGUACCUUUGGGCCCCUGGCCGUGCCCCACUGUGGUUGACCAGUCUUCACAGUAGUUCUACAGAUGCCACUGAAGACCGAAUCACUACCUCCAGGGAGGACACUGGCAGCCAGAUUUUCCUAAAGAUUGAGGGCCUGGGUCUCAGAGAUUCUGGCCAAUACCACUGUGCAAGGAGGGUGGGCAAUGGAGAUGACACAGACAAGCUGGUCUUUGGUCGUGGUACAGACGUGACUGUGGAGCCUGGACCUCAAGCCCCCCUGUCACCCAGUGUAUUUUUGGUGAGAGGUCAGGAUGCUGUAGCCUGCCUGAUCAGGAACUUCUACCCCAAGGAACUCCAUGUGUCCUUGAACUCCUCUGCACCUUUGAUCUCAGCCCAGGCUCCUACUCUUGUUCCCAUGGCCAAUGGCACCUACAGUGCUGUCCAGAUUGGCAGGGUUGGUGAGAAUGAUACAGUAACCUGCUCAGUGAAGCACCUUGGGAAAGAGAUACAUGUAUCCCACAAGCCAGAUCAUACUGGACCAGAUCCUGGGAUUGCCUGUAAGCAGAAUCUUAUGGGAGGACCUGAGCAAGGGAACAAGCUACUCCUCAGUGUGAUGGGCCUGAGACUGCUAUUCGUGAAGAUUGUGGCUAUCAACGUCCUCUUCACCACCAUGGCCUUGAUCUUCUGAGAAAGAAUUUGAGGAAGGUCUAAGAAGUUGCCACUUGGAUUUUGAAUCUCUCUGAGGAUCCCAGAAUGACUUCUGGAUAAAUUCAAGAUAACCCCAGAAUGACCCAAGGACCCAUAAUUAUUCCAGUUACAUUUAAUCCCCUUUAAAUUGCAGACUCUUCAUUUCUGGUCUAUAUUCCCAGUGAUAUAAUAUUCCUCACUUAGUCCUACAAUAAAGACAAGAAAGCCUUG